CUAUUUAUUACAUUUCAGCCCUUUUGCCCUUCUCAGAUUAAUAUUGUGUGCGAAGCUUCUGCAAACAAUUAUCCCCUUGACUAAAAGCCGCGAAGCCUUCUGGCGACUUAUGCGGUGCCAUGUCCACUCACCAUCCAGCGCCUACUGGUAUUUUUGAGUUACAGAAGCCGGGCCCUUCGAGACCAUCACAUGCGCUAGCAGGAUCCAGAUACGCAAGAGACGAAGGUGCGGCUACGGACAGCGAUGCAUCCGUGAUGGAACAUGAAGAUGAAGACCUCCAGGACGAGGAAGACGUCGAUGAAUCAGUGAAAGAGGAUAUGAAGAAACUUGAGGAUACGUUUCCCGGAAUCUCGGAUAGGUUUCGCUUGGUAAAUAGAAUUGGUGAAGGCACUUUCUCUACCGUGUACAAAGCGGAGGAUUUGUUGUAUGAUCAUUACAGGAACGAUUGGGAUAUGUUUCAAGGUCAUCAAUGCGACAGUUGGACGAGCCCUCCCUCAAAAAAGCGACGUGUAGAGGGAGAACGUGGACAAUCCUUGCCUACCAAGCGACAGAAACCUCGUUAUGUUGCCCUAAAAAAAAUAUACGUGACUAGCAGUCCAUUUCGUAUUCAAAAUGAACUUGAGCUGCUACAUGACCUCCGAGGCUGUCGAUCCGUAUGCCCCCUGAUCACAGCCUUUCGAUACCAGGAUCAGGUUGUAGCGGUCUUGCCCUUCUUUCCUCAUACCGAUUUCCGUAUACAAUACCGCACAUUCUUGGUUGCGGAUAUGCGACAUUACUUCCGGUCCCUUUUUACCGCCUUGCACUCAGUCCAUAAACACAAUAUCCUCCAUCGCGAUAUUAAACCGACCAAUUUCCUUUAUAAUCCAGAAAUUCGAGAAGGUGUCUUGGUGGACUUUGGUCUGGCUGAGCGCGAGGGGUCCGAGUAUACAGGCACGUGUCUUUGUGCCAACCCAAGCUAUGUCCGUCGCAGUAGAUUGUUACAGAGCUACUACUCCACCCAUUGCUCAACCUCGACUUUGUCGGCCGGCUACCCGAAGAACGAUUCUAGACCAUCAAGGCGUGCUAACCGAGCCGGAACCCGGGGUUUCCGUGCGCCAGAAGUUCUUUUCAAGUGUACAUCUCAGACGACGAAGAUAGACAUGUGGUCGGCAGGAGUAAUCCUUUUGACUUUACUUGGUCGUCGCUUUCCUUUCUUCAACUCCGCUGAUGAUGUUGAUGCUACGAUAGAAAUGGCUAGUAUUUUCGGGACGCGUCGCAUGAAGACGGCGGCAGCUAUGCAUGGGCAGAUAUUUGAAACAAAUAUUCCAACAAUUGGAGAGAAAGGAUAUAGUUGGGAGAAGCUUGUAAAGUGGGCCAGCUGUGUGGAGGAGUUAACUGAGAGCGAGAAACAAGCAACUCGCCUUCUGGCUGGUCUCAUGGAAUUGGAUCCAUAUAAACGAUUGAGCGCCAGAGAUGCCCUACAACACGAGUUCUUUACGGACCCCAUAGAACACGAUGUUGAAUGGGGAGGGAAUCCCGAGGAUAGUGCUGAAUCUGUGGAGGAGGACGAAGCGGACAAAGAUGACGAGGCUGAUGAGGUCGCAAUGAUUUAAACCCCAGAACAAUUUAUGAUAAUGAUAUCUUCUUAAU